AUGGUAAAUUAUUUCUCACUGAAAGUAUUACGCGAAAUAUUUCUAUAUUCUGUAAAUCAAACAGAAGAUGACCAAUUGACCGUCACACGACUUAAAUCAUGGCUUGAUCACGUAGACAUAAAUUAUGAAAUACUAUUCGACCUAGUCUAUCAAGAGCGGUUUCAGCCUGCCUACGGCUGUCUCUUGGGAUUCUUCUAUCACUUCGGUCUUGGAUGCGAAGUCGAUAAACCGACAGCCGUAAAGUGGUAUCGAAUAGCGGCAGAAGGCGGCGACACUUUUGCACAAACUAAAAUUGGGACUUUUUAUUUGUGUGGUACUGAGGUGGAGUUUAACCCUGAAAAAGCAUUUUACUGGUAUGAGAAGGCAGCCGAGAAAGGUGAUGAUAUGGGAGUAAUUUGUUUGGCACAUUGUUAUCUACAUGGGUCUGGUGUUUCUGUUAAUAAUGAGAAAGCCUUCACGUUGUUUAAGGAACUUGCAGAUAUUGGAAAUUGUCAUUCUCAGAAUGAUGUUGGAUAUUGUUAUCACCAAGGAAUAGGCACAAAAUCUGAUCCACGAAAAGGAUUCUACUGGUAUCAGAAAUCGGCGCUCGGCGGUAACAACACUGGCAUGUAUAAUCUCGCAAAUUGUUACCGAUAUCAAUGGGCCACCAUGAAAGAUAUGCACCAGGCGUUGAAAUAG